AUGACCAAACUACGCUCUAUUUUAAAAUUUUUCACCGCUGUCGAACAAAGUGAAGGUGUCGGUGCCCGCGUCAGGCGCACGAUCGGCACUUUUCAACAAAGAAAUUUCUCUCCCUUUUUAAUGCUGGAUCAUUUCACAGUCGGUGCUCCUGCUGGGUUCCCGGACCAUCCCCAUCACGGACAAGAAACUAUUACGUAUGUCCUCUCCGGAAUGAUUGCACAUGAAGAUUUCACGGGCUCAAGCGGUGUGCUGAGACCUGGAGAUUUGCAGUUUAUGACUGCGGGCAAAGGAAUUGUGCAUUCAGAAAUCCCAGUCGAAAUGGAAAACGGGGAACCAAGCGUCGGGCUUCAAUUGUGGGUCGAUUUACCUGCACACCUCAAGAACUGCGAGCCUCGGUAUCGUGAUUUGAGGGCGGCUGAGACACCAGUGGCUCAUCCUCACCCCGGUCUAGAGGUGCGUGUCAUUAGUGGCAAGUCCUAUGGUGUCUCAUCCGCCAGCGAACUGGCCUAUACCCCGGUGAACAUGUACCAUUUCAAAUUGUCGAAAAAGGAUGUCGAUUUCGACCAACCUUUCGCCCAAAAUUUCAACACUUUCAUGUACAUACUCAAAGGGAGUGUCAAGAUUGCAGGUAAGGUUUAUGAACCAUAUUCUGCCAUUUUUUUCAACCCGGAUGGCGACGCCAUCGCUGGUCAAAGUGCUUCUGAUGAUACCGAAUUUGUGCUUGUGGGAGGAGAAAUUCUGAACCAACCAGUGGUCCAAAUGGGACCCUUCGUUGAAACGUCAAGAGAACGCAUUGCUGCAGUCUAUAACAACUAUCAGCAUGGUGUCAAUGGCUUCGAAAGAGCUCCUGGCUGGACUUCGUCUAUAAGCAAUGGUAUCACCGAGAACGAAGUAAAGUCUCAUGAAAAUGAUCAGAAGCACUAA